AGAUAAUAAUUAUUAGAAUAAUUGAAAUAAUUCUUUUUGGACAGCAUAUUGGCAGCCUGAAAACCCGUUACAGACUUUUUUUAGUGUACCAAAACACGCGUACUUUGUUUACGUGAAAUAUUCUGCAAUUUACCGGUUAUUUCUAUAAGUACUUUCAAAAAAGAACACCUAGUACUUUCGGCAGAAACUUGUGAACGCUUCCGUAUGUUAUGACGUCAGCCGUGGGCGGAGCUCGGCCCGUAAGUGAUUGAAAUAGGGAGCUGAAUUUUAGUCAACAGAGCGCAGCGCGCUAGGCGCUGAUUGGUGUAAGAUUUGAAUACCUCCAACCAGAGCUCAAUAUGUCUGGGGACCCUUGAAAAUGAUUCGUACAAGACAAUGUUACUCAACUUUAAGACACGCCCCGGGGAACGCAAGCGCCAGAUCAUAUUACUAUGCGCGCCUGCACCCUGCCAUCGUAUAAAUUAGGGCAGAAACUCAGUCUAGUUCAGUAUACCGUAACGUGCUGAAUGCUGUGGAUAUACUGCUAAACCCCUGUGUGGAGCAAUGACAGUUACUACGGAGGCUGAUUCGUCGCCUAUGACUUAUUCAAAAAUGAGAGGAGUUAUUGCAGUUCUUACUGCUUUUAUGAAGCAGAGAAGAAUGGGAUUGAAUGAUUUCAUUCAGAAGCUGGCUACUAAUUCAUACGCUUGUAAACACCCUGAAGUCCAGUCCAUCCUGAACAUGGGCUCCCCUCAGGAUACAGAGCUGCUGAAUUCUAACCCCUCUCCACCUCCAAGUCCAUCACAGCAGAUCAACCUCGGACCAUCUUCGAACCCCACUGCCAAGCCCUCAGACUUCAACUUCCUCAAAGUAAUUGGGAAAGGCAGCUUUGGGAAAGUGCUUCUGGCAAGACAUCGGACGGACGACCAGUUCUACGCAGUGAAAGUGUUGCAGAAGAAGGCCAUCUUAAAGAAGAAGGAGGAGAAGCACAUAAUGUCAGAGAGAAAUGUCCUGCUGAAGAACGUGAAGCACCCUUUCCUGGUUGGGCUGCACUACUCCUUCCAAACUGCAGACAAGCUCUACUUCGUCCUGGACUAUAUCAAUGGAGGAGAGCUGUUCUACCACCUUCAGAGAGAGCGCUGCUUUCUGGAACCACGAGCGCGUUUCUACGCCGCCGAGAUUGCCAGCGCACUGGGCUACCUGCACUCACUCAACAUCGUGUAUCGGGACUUGAAGCCUGAGAACAUCCUGUUGGACUCUCAGGGUCACAUCGUGCUGACGGAUUUCGGCCUGUGCAAGGAGAACAUCGAGCCCAACGGAACCACCUCCACGUUCUGUGGCACUCCAGAGUACUUGGCCCCAGAAGUUUUGCACAAGCAGCCCUAUGACCGGACAGUGGACUGGUGGUGUUUGGGGGCUGUGCUGUAUGAGAUGCUGUAUGGUUUGCCUCCAUUCUACAGUCGCAACACGGCCGAGAUGUACGACAACAUCCUGAACAAGCCACUGCAGCUAAAGCCUAACAUCUCCAACGCAGCCCGCAAUCUCCUGGAGGGCCUUCUCCAGAAGGACCGCAGCAAGCGGCUGGGCUGCAGCCAGGACUUUACUGAGAUCAAAGACCACAUGUUCUUCUCUCCAAUCAACUGGGAUGAUCUGAAUGCCAAGAAACUUACACCUCCCUUCAACCCUAAUGUGAGUGGCCCUAAUGACCUGAGGCACUUUGACCCAGAGUUUACAGAUGAACCUGUUCCUAGCUCCAUUGGUUGUUCCCCGGACAGUGCCCUGGUCACCUCCAGCAUCCAGGAGGCAGCUGAGGCUUUUCUUGGCUUCUCCUAUGCCCCGUCUAUGGACUCCUACCUGUAGUCACAGCCUUGGAUUGGAAAACCGGGUUGACUUUGACGUCCCUCAACAAGGAGAAAUAUUUGCACAUCGCUUAAGGCAGCUCUUUGGCCUUAACACUGAAUGAGGUCCUGCUAAGACUUCCAUAAGCACAGUUCUCAACUCUAUCACAAGACCUGUGUAGUGUCAUCGUAGAGGAACUACAUUGGAGCCAGCACCUCCAAGAGGACACUUACAGCUCUGAUUCGUGUGUUUCUGAUAUACUGAAAGCUGGAAACCCUGAAUCGAAUGUGACCUGGAUGGCAUCAGUAGGGUGCUUUUGGUCCAUUGUGAAAGUAGCUAGGCUCCACUUGAAGCAGUUUUCCACUGAUCGUCAACUGCAGAACCUGAGGAACUUCUUGGAACCUCAUUGAACUAUUCCAGUGUGGAGGUCCAGGCACCGGAGCAUUCUUUCAACUGACUGGCACUGCAACUUUGGUUUCGCCUCUUAAUUCUGCUUUUCCGUAGUUUUACAGUUUAAUCCUUCGUUGGCGAUGCUACAAGAUGCUUGAAAAGGGUGUUGCUACUGUUUGGUGUAAAUAAGGACUUGGACCAAAACUCUAGACCAUGUUUGAUAUGGCUAGCCUCCUGUAGUCUUCCAUUGCAUAUUUAUGUGUUAAUAUUGUAAAGUUGGGCAUUACUUUGUCUAAACUUUGCAUUCCAUUUAAUAUUGAUGUGUGCCUGUAUUUAAGUUAAUUUGUACAUUAUGUGUUCCGGUUUAAUGUAUAUUAAACAAACUAAAGGGUAUGCUUAUGACUAUUCAUGUUAAAUGUAUGUAAAUUGUAAAAUGUAUGAUUUGUGACCAUGUCUGGUUUGCAGUAAAAGUAAAUGUUAUUUUCUUCA